AGAACAAGCAUGCGUAUUCGCCAUAUUGUGCUUGUCAUUGUGAAAUUUAUCGACAGCGAGUGAUAAAUUUGAAGUACUAAUCUAACACGAUGGGUCACGAAAAGAACGAGAAAGAAACCAAUAACACGGAUACUAAUGAGAAUAAAAUCUCGGAGAUAACAUCGCCAGCCGGUCCGUCGAAAACACCAGGCAAAAGUCCAGAGGAAAUGAUCGACAAUGUGAAAGUUCUUGUGGAUAAACUAACUCUCGAAAAGAAUAUUCUACGUGACAAAGUGCAAAAGUUUGCAUUUUGGUCCACGCAACCUGUACCAAAAAUGAAUGAGGUGGUGGAAACAAAUGAAUCGAUUGAACCCAACAAAGAUGUCUCCGAAAUACGGCAGGAACCGUACACAUUACCAGAUGGCUUUAAGUGGGAUACGCUCGAUUUAAACGAUCCCAAAGUACUAAAUGAACUUUAUAUUCUUCUUUACGAGAACUACGUCGAAGACGAUGAUGAAAUGUUUCGAUUUGAUUACCAACCUGCCUUUUUGAAAUGGUCACUACAGCCACCUGGCUGGAUUCAAGACUGGCAUGUGGGAGUGCGUAUAGUGAAGUCGGGCCGUUUAGUCGGAUUCAUAUCAGCAAUACCUGGAAACUUGAGAAGUUACGAUCAAGUAUUGAAAAUUGUCGAAAUCAAUUUUCUGUGUGUACAUAAAAAGUUACGAAGUAAACGUGUGGCGCCGGUGCUCAUUCGUGAAAUAACAAGGCGAGUUAAUUUGACGGGGAUUUUCCAAGCGGCAUAUACAGCUGGUGUAGUGCUGCCCAAACCUAUUGCCACUUGUAGGUAUUGGCAUCGGUCGUUAAACCCAAAGAAAUUGAUUGAGGUGAAAUUCUCGCAACUAUCACGUAACAUGACAAUGCAGCGAACUAUCAAACUCUUCAAACUGCCGGAUGCGCCUAAAACCAAGGGUUUUCGCAAAAUAGAACCCCGUGAUAUGGAUGCUGCCCAUAAAUUACUAGAUAAUUAUCUAAAAAAGUUCAAACUAUGUCCGGUAUUCUCGAAAGAAGAGUUUCAACAUUGGUUCACGCCAAUUGAAGGCAUUAUCGAUUGUUUUGUCGUUGAGAAUGAAAAUGGCAAGAUAACCGAUAUGGUAAGUUACUACAGUUUACCGUCAACGGUAAUGCAUCAUCCAAUUCACAAAACGGUACGUGCUGCAUAUUCAUUUUACAACGUUUCGACAAAAACGCCAUGGGUUGAACUGAUGAACGAUGCCCUAAUAUCAGCGAAAAAUAUCAAAAUGGAUGUUUUCAACGCUCUUGACGUAAUGGAAAACGAAUCGUUUUUAGUACCGUUGAAAUUCGGCUCGGGCGAUGGGAAUUUGCAAUAUUAUUUGUACAAUUGGAAGUGCCCAAGUAUGAAACCGGCCGAAGUAGCUUUAAUUCUUAUGUAGUUUGUUGAUUGUUUUUAGGAGAAUAAUUUUUAUCAAUAAUAAUUUUUUAUGAUCACUAUGAGUUAUCAACAGUGCUAUUUUUCCUCUUUCGUAUAAGCAAGUUUCCUGUGUGGAAAGUAAAAUGUCGCUGAAUCAAUCCGUAUACAAAUAAAUAAUGACAUUUUGUGGGAAAAACGUUUUCUCCUCUAGAAAUUGCCAUCUAGCUUCGAUCAGCAUGAUAUUAAAAUUGUAUUUAUAAUGUGAAUAGAAAAUAAACGGUGACAAGAUGGAACAAUAUAAUCAGUGGUUCCACUGACGGAAAUAUCUCGGUUCUUUACUUUAAUCUUGUCAUCAUCCUGUUAGCAUAGAA